AUGCUUGAUUGUCAAACUGUCGUGAAAAAGAAAAAUAAUGAAAAUUAGGAAAACUGAUCGGAUGUCCGCUGAAUUGAUUUUGUUUUAUUUUGGUGAUAUAUUUUUUUACAAUCCCCUAGGAUUGUGUUUUGCUUACCUGAUUAGUUUUAUAAAUAAAUACCCCUGAUUUCUGCAUGUUAACAACAUGAUAACAGUUUGUUGUUUACAUUAAAUACUAAAACUAGGAAUGAAACCGAAACACAGCAAUGAAAUGGAUUCCGGCUUUUUCGAAACGAACAUUGUUUAUAUAUUUCAUAUUAUUAUUUCUAUUAUAUUUAUUUUAUGUUUUGAAUACUUGUUUAGUUGACGAAAGAAAGUUUUCCCUGAAACGUUUUCUGCUGAAGGAACAUUAUUCAAAGUAUAAAAGUGCCGCAGUUCGUUUUGUUUCUCUACUGGGUUUCAACACACUAGAUGCAACUGAUUACAAAUACCGCAGACUUAGAAAUCAAAAUGUUAUGCCUGUAAAAAGAUUGCCUGAUGCGCUAAUUAUAGGUGUUAAGAAAUGUGGAACCAGAGCACUCUUGGAGUUUCUAAGGUUACACCCAGAUGUGCGAGCCGCAGGUUCUGAAGUGCAUUUUUUUGAUAAAUUUUAUCAUAAAGGCUUUGAAUGGUACAGGGACAGAAUGCCACCAACCCUCGAAGGCCAGAUUACAAUGGAGAAGACACCCUCUUACUGGGUGACAAGGACAGCUCCAAAAAGAGUCCAUGCCAUGAAUCCGGGGGUGAAGCUGCUGGCGGUUGUCCGGGAUCCGGUCACUAGAGCUAUUAGUGAUUAUACACAGUCGGCCAGUAAAACACCCUCGCUCCCGCGCUUCGAAGAGCUAGCCGUGGUCAACGGCAGCUGGGGCGGCGCCGUGGCGGCGGCGUGGCCGCCCGUGCGGCUCGGCGUGUACGCGCGCCCGCUGCGGCGCUGGCUGCGGCGCUUCCCCGGCCGCCGCCUGCUGCUCGUCAGCGGGGAGCGGCUGGUGGACGACCCUGCUGCCGAAAUGGCGAGAGUUCAGGAAUUCCUCGGCCUCAAACGAGUGAUCACCGAGAAGCAUUUCUACUUCAACUCCUCAAAAGGCUUCCCCUGCCUCCUGAAGUCGGAAAGCCGUUCCACCCCCCACUGUUUAGGCAAGACCAAGGGGCGAAGCCACCCCCAUAUCAACCCCGCCAUCAUAGAGACACUAAGGGAGUUCUACAGGCCGUUCAAUGAGAAGUUUUACGAAUUAUCAGGUAUAAAUUUUGGGUGGCCUUGAUGUGUUGUGAUUUAGGGCUAUUGCCUGGGUAUUAAGGUAGUUUGUUCCUAAUUUAGCAACGAUAUCAUUCUAAUGUAGGUGAAGUUAAGAUUUGGGCAUGGAAUAAUCAACAGCAGAAGUAAGUAUACUUGGCGUAACGUGAGAAUUGAUUUUUAACAGUUACCUACAUUUAAGGGGCUUUCCGCGGUUUACAUCGAUUUUUGACUACUUUUGAGUCGUUAUUCCUGCAUUUGCACUAUAGAUAGAAUUCUAAGACAAACGGCUAUCGGUUCUUUAAUCUUUUAUCUCCAUUCUGGUCUGCCGGAUUUUGAAAAAAUGAACACAUUUUUUAAACAUUUUAAAAAAUAAAAACUUUUUUCGUUAGUCGAUUGCAGUGUAGGAUUGUAC